AUGUCAAAAACGCAAGAUUCCAUUAAUAACAUCGGAGGAAUAGAUGUUAAGUUCCCGUAUGAACCGUACGAACUGCAAAAGUCGUUCAUGGAAUCAGUGAUCAAAGCAAUUAAAGAUGGUAAAAAUGCAUUGCUUGAAUCGCCAACAGGGACGGGGAAAACAUUGUCGCUUAUAUGUGCAUCUCUGGCCUGUAUUUUAUCAAAUAAAACGAAUAAAAUACUAGGAGGGAAGACCCUGGAAGAAGAAAAAAAGGUUAACCAAGAUGACAUACUAGUAUCGCAAUUAAUAAGCUUGAAGGGAGCCAUAGAAAAGGACCUGAAGAAGCCUAAGUCAAUACUGUCAAAUAAGAUGAAUAUAAUAUAUACAUCGAGAACACACUCGCAACUGAAGCAGGUAAUCAGCGAAGUGAGAAAGAGCUCAUACUGUAAGGAGUUUCACCAAAAGGGGCUUAAAGCAGCACUGUUGGCGUCAAGAGAUCUGCUGUGCAUAAACCCGGCAAAGGGGAACCUGUCAGGAGACCAUUUAAACAACUUUUGCAGACUGCUGGUUCAAAACAGGAAGUGCAUAUACUACAACUCGCUGAGAGGAUCGAAGAACAACGAAGAAGCGCAGUUCAACGAACUAGUGGAUAUAGAGGACAUGGUAAAAAUGGGAAAAAGAGGAACAUUUUGCCCGUAUUUUGCAGUGAAGGACGCACAGGAAAACGCAGAUCUGAUACUGGUGCCAUACAACUACCUGCUGUCACCGUCAGUGAGAGACGCAAUGGACCUGAAGACGAAAAACUCGAUAGUAAUAAUAGACGAAGCACACAACGUGGAGUCAGUAGCAGAGGAGGCUUCAUCCUUUUUCGUGAAGCAGACUGAUCUGGCGAAGUUUAUAGAGGCGCUGAAGAGGUUUGCAACCUUCCACAAAGAUUCCCUGAUGAGUAACGAGAAGGAGAAGGUUGAGGAAGUUAACAUAAACUUCACGGCGCUCUCAAAGUUGGGGAUCUGUCUGGCGAAAACGGACGAGUUCCUGACUAACGUGACGCUGAUUGACUCGCGGGACCCGAGGAACCAGAAGAUGAGCAGAGACCAAAUAGGAAUGCGUUGGUCAGUAAAGGAGAUAGCUAGGCAGCACGUAGUGUAUUCAGCGAACCACGUAGUAAAGCACCUGUACAAUAACCUGGACUACAAGUCUCUGAAGGAGGCGAGGGUAGACGACGCAAUAGCACAGGUGGUGACGCUAUUGACGAAAGGGUUCCUAGAUUCGGAGGCUAUCGACGUGUCGUUCCUGGACCACUACGACAAUAAGACGCUGAGGGAAGACGUGCUGACGUUCGUGCAGAUGAAAAAGUUCGUGUCCUCGAUCCUGUCGCAGGAGCUGUUCGACUUCCCAGAAUACUACGACGUGAUAAUAACUAACGAUGAAAAGUACGAGAACCCGAAGAGACGAAGGUCAAUAGAAAGUAACGUCUUCGGGUGGAACAGGAAGUUUAAAAGUAGAGAUCAGGAGGAGGAGGAAGAGCACUCGGAGCGCAGCUACGAAGUGACGCCGAAAAUAAUGAACUUCGCAUGCCUGCAGCCAAUCCCGACCUUCAUAAGGAUAAAGAGAGAAGGCCUGAGGUCGCUGAUACUGACCUCAGGAACGCUGGGGCCGCUGGACGUGCUGGAGAGGCACAUAGGAGGAAACUACCUCAAGUUCGAAAUAAAGCUGCAAAACGACCACGUGAUAGACCCGAAGAGAGUGUGGGCAGGAGUGGUAACAGGGAACGACGAGGACCCGAACAUACUGUCCUCAGCAUACAAUAAAAGAGGAGACCUGAACUACAUAACGGCACUGGGAAGAGCGCUGUACGGGUUCAUAAAGAGCGUGCCAUCAGGGGUGCUGGUGUUCUUCGGGUCGUACAUGGUGAUGAACAACACGCUCUCGUGUUGGAAAAGGUUGGGGCUCUACAGCAAAAUGGAGAUGGAGAAGUCGAUAUUCGUGGAAAACAGGCCUCCGGGCUUCGUAAGAGACAACGACAUCAUUCCAGAGUCGACGCAGGCGCUGUUCACAAGGUAUAAGGAUAACAUAGACAGCGGAAGAGCAUCGAUGUUCUUCGCAAUAUGCAGAGGAAGAAUGGCUGAGGGAAUCGACUUCAGCGACGAUUACUGCAGAGGCAUCUUUUUGUGCGGAAUCCCGUACCCGAGUAGAUACGAGGACACGACGGCGCUGAAAAUGGACUACCUGGACAAGCUGUCAGUAGCCACUGGAGAAAAUUUAAACUUGUCGCACGAGUGGUACACGACGCAGGCAAUAAAGGCAAUAAACCAAGCAAUAGGAAGGUCAAUAAGGCACAUAGAAGACUACGGAGCAAUCAUGCUCGCCGACUACAGAUUCAGGUUCCCGCCAGUGAAGACUAGCAUAAGCAAGUGGGUGCUGGACAGACUGAAAGUGUACACAAAAAUUGAAGAUUGCAUGGAGGAGCUGAGUUCCUUCUUCGUGCCCUUUGAAAGCACGAAGAAGGCGAAGAAGCCGGCGCCGAAGAAGGAGCUUGAGAGUCCUGCGAGGCCCGCGAGGGAGUUCGUUCCAAUAAAGCUGGACAACUCGCUGCAGUUUAAGUCGCGAGACACGAGCAGGAACAGCAAACUGAAGGAGAUGCCCUUCUACAAGUUCAACGCGGACACGAGGAAGAUGCAGCAGCAGUACGGGAACUCUAUAAUCAACUACCUGGCGAAGCCUAACAAGCCGCAGCCGACUAAGCAGAGGACUGCUGACGCGAAGCAGGGAGGCUUUUCGUUCAAGACUGGAACUUCAGCUGAGAGGCCCUAUCAGCCAACACGAACUUGUAUGCACGACCAUAUACUAAUCACUACGUAUACUCGUUAUAUGCGGAAUGCAUAG